AAAAAGGCCAGCCAUUGCCGACUAUUGUACCUGUUCGCUUUUAUUUUUUUUCCUUCCCCAUUCUUAAAUUCGUGCAGUUGUUGGAAAAAAGGGCAAAAUAAACUAUCUGAGGUCCUAAAGUCUCUAGUCUAGAAAACUACACCCAACCCAAAACAAACGUUGGUUGUUGGCUGGCCACAUUCUCGUUCGUGAGAUUUUGAGGGGAGGGAAACGAAACAGUGCCUAAUACUUAUACGGAAGAAAUGCUGAGAAAGUGCAAGAAAAAGUGACGGAAAAAGGAAAGAACCAUUUAGCUAAAGCUAAGCUAAACCCACCAGCAAGGCUCUCUCUGAUUCGCUUGCCUUGCCUGCCAUUACCAUUUCUGCUGCUACUUUCUCCCCCCGGAUAUCAACCAACGAGUUCUGAACUGUUAUUCCUCUGAAUUGGAGAUGAACACCGAGUUCCUUAGGGUUUCCUUUCGUCUGGACAAUUGGACUUGAUGAUGAUGGUGAAGCAGAAGACGACGAUGAAGGAACUUGUGGGAUUCAAUAAAUCUGGCUUCUUGCUACCUCGCGAACCCUAAAUAACUGCAUCAGAGCUGGACAGUUGGAGGCGCCCUUUUGACUUGCGCCAAAACCCUAUACGCACUUGGCCUGAACGUUGGAUCAAAGGGUUUGGGGUUUGGGUCCUUUUGGAAUCUGGGCGUGGGGAUCACAAUUCACAACUUGACUUGGUGGGGUUCGAAAUAUUGAAGGGUAGUUUGGCAGAGGGUCUGCCUAAUUGAAAGUUGUGAACUUGCAACUCUGUCCCAUAGCUUCAUUUCCUGGUUGGUUUCUUAGCUGGAUUAGAUCAGAAAGAGAGGGGAAGAUGCAUGCUAGGCAUAGAAAUCCUGGAAAUGGUUAUAAUAGGUCAGGUUCUAUGGGAAUGGGCUUUGGCGGUGGCUCAAGGAUGUCCCCAGAUGGUUCAGCUAGGGGUGGUGGUCAUGGGUUCUAUAACUCUGAGUACAGAACCUUCCGCAAUCGAGGCUUUGUCCGUGGUGGUCAUGGCCAUGCUCCUGGGCACCAGCAAAGAGCCUUUCAGCAACCACCCGAUUUGCCGGCUCGCAAAGGCGAUAUCUUGAUGGAGGCUGGUAGGCUUGCUGCUGAGUAUCUAGUCUCCAAAGGCAUGUUACCUCAGAAUGCACUUGCUGGGAAGUGGCAGAAUGGUAGCUUGAAGAAAGUGUCUCGUGAUUAUCUACAGCAAGAGCCCCCACCAGUGCAAGAGGGCCGGGUAUCCGUCCACUCAAGAUUAGGUACUGGUUCUUCUGAUGCAGGCUCAAGUGACAGAAGAUAUACCGAUGAGUUUGGUUCUAGGAAUCAGUCUAAAGGGCGGAGAAGAGGUGAUUAUCCUCGGAGUUACAGUUCCGAGUGGGUGAGAGACUCUGGAAGGAGUAGUUCUGGGUCGGAGAGAAAUCGGGAGUCACCUGAAGGGGAGGGUCAGUAUGAAGUGCAACAAGGCAGUAAGGGUACGGAUGAUCGGCUGCAGGUAUCAGAUCGUAAUAAUGCAUUAGGACCAGAAAAAGAGGAAGCAGCUGACGGCGACGAAUCGGGAUUCGAGAAAUACAAUUGCCCCCCUGAUAAUUCGGUUUCCAAGGCAAGCUCUCCUGGUGCUGAGAGAGAGGAGGCCGAUACUGAAGUUUUGAAGGGGCCUAAAGAUUCGGUGGACUUGACUCCCGGGAAUGAAGAGAUGGAGGAUUUUAAAAAUGAUGAAAGUGGCACACAAACUGUUCCUGAGGAUGAUAUCUCAAGCAAAAAUGGAUCUGAUUUGUUAGCUUUCUGCAACCUUGUCAAGAUACCGACAAAAAUACGAUCUGCAUUGACCAGCAAGGUUUCCAAGGUUGAUCAUGUUUCUAGUGAUGGAGCAAACUUAUUGGUAACUGUACCGCCCAAAGGCUCAGAUGUCUUAGAUCAAGAUGUUGCAUGUGAUGAUCCCCUUCCAACUAUUGUUGAGGAAGUAAGCGAGAUGAAUGAUCCAAAGCAUUCCCAUGCUGAAUUAUCUCAACAGUUGCCUCUUCAGUGUGACGAGGAGGAUAACAAAGUAAGCCCAGCAUAUGGAUCGGAGCAUGGCAAGUGCAUCAGGUCUCGGUCGUUCUCAGAUGGAGUUUUUGAUGUUGAUAACGAGUUUGAAACAAGCAAUGAAGCAGUGAAAUUUGGAAGGUCUAGCUCUGUUAAGGAAAGAGGCGAGAAGCGUCCUGCAGAUGACAGUGAUACGAGUCAGCAACAGAAAAAACCUAGAGAGAAUCUUCUUCCUAUCUUCAUUCCUAAUGUUGCCAAUAAAGUGACAGAAAAUCUCGUGACUCCAAAAGAGGAAGUGGUUUCACUUGCUCAGCAGCCGUUGAUAACUGAAAGUAGUUUGGGUAAUAGUCGUGAGUGCCCAGAGGAUAUUGAUGACGAAUAUGAUCAAGAGAAGCAGCAGUUUCCUGGUUCAUUCAAGAUAUGCGAUUUAAACCUGAUGGAAUCUUCCGAUAUCCAUGACAAUACGGGCAAUGAGUCGGUUCUUAUGUUCCCGCCUGUUGUGCUUUCCCAAAAAGCAACAGCAAGUGUUGAUUUGUCGAUGAGUAAUGCAAAGAUGCCUAAUGAAUAUGUUAGGCAUGUCAGUACCGGUAAGGAGAUAGAAAUAAUUGAUCUGGAGAAUGAUGUUUCCCCUCCAGAAAACGAGGCUGUUGGAAGUUCACAGAAUAAGAUGGAAGUUGAAUUUGGUGGCACAGAGGGAUUUUCUGGCAAUGCACAAGCAUCUGGCCAUAUAACUGACGUUCAAGAUAAUUAUGAUGGUCUUAUAAUCUCGGAGUUCCUUAGCACUUUCUCAAGCUGUACGUCCGUAACUGAAGGCAUUAACCCACUGCAGAAUGAAAUGGGCCUUCACCAUGCAGAGGGAACUCUUGGAUAUGAUGACUCGAUUUAUACGUCCCUUGAAGAAAUACCAUUAAGAGUCGGCGUCAUAGCAAGACUUUUGCCCAUGUUCAACCAUGUUUGCUUAGAGAAUCGAAAGGAGUUAUUGGUUUUAUACCAGACUGGGAGCAGCCAACACCACAGGGGUUUGAGAAGCCAUUUUGAUCCUCUUUCUCCCACAAAAUGCAGCUUCGGUGUAUGGCUUUGUACUAUGGUCUGGUCUGGUCAUCGGAUUCUUGCAACGACCAAUCGUUCAACCAAACCCGAGAUCCUUGUGUUGGCCUUCCCACAAUUCAAAGUGUCAGCAUCAUCAUUUCAAUCUGCAAUUGCUGCGGUGGCAUUGGUGAAUGCUGUUUCAUCUUGUUGUAUGAAUUUGUGUCUCACCUUCCUUCCUCCCUACCUUCAGCCGAGGGAAGGAAAUGGAUAUGGUAGUAUGCCGGCGGGGAUGGGAGCCGGUCAGGAAGCAGUGAUUUUUAGUUACGGCGACGACGAGAAGCGAGUCGCAUUCCUAGAAAAGCGAGACCAGAACUCCUCCUCGUCCUACUCCGGCGGCGGAGAUGGAGCCGCGGCGGUUGAGCGGAGCGGGACGGUGUGGACGGCGGUGGCGCACAUAAUCACGGGAGUGAUCGGGUCGGGAGUGCUGUCGCUGCAGUGGAGCGUGGCCCAGCUGGGGUGGGCGGCGGGGCCGGCAGCCAUGGUGAUGUUCGCCGCCGUGACUCUGGUGUCGGCGUUCUUGCUCUGCGACUGCUACCGGUCGCCGCAUCCGCUCCUCGGCCCUUCCCGGAACCGCUCUUAUCUCCAGGCCGUUAACCUCACCCUAGGGAGGACAAAGGCGUGGGCAUGCGGGGUGCUAGUGCACACAAGCAUGUACGGAAUAGGGAUUGCCUACACCAUCACUGCCGCCAUCAGCAUGAGGUCGAUUCAGCAAUCAGCCUGCACCACUUACAACAACAAGAAGAAGAAAGAAGAUGGGUCAUGUGACAUGAGCUGGCACAUGCUGGUGUUUGGAUUGGCUGAGAUGUUCAUGUCUCAGAUCCCCAACUUCCACGACAUUCAGUGGCUCUCCAAUGUUGCUGCUCUAAUGUCUCUGGCCUACUCCUUCAUUGGUCUUGGCCUUGGCUUUGCUCGCGUCUUGGAGAAUGGGUAUGUGAAGGGCAGCAUGACAGGGAUAAGAGGAGCAACUCCGGUUGACAAGAUGUGGAAGGUGUCUCAAGCGCUUGGGGACAUUGCAUUUGCCUAUCCCUACUCUCUAAUCCUCAUUGAAAUCCAGGUGUACUGCCAGCCGGUGUUCGCAACUGCAGAGAAGUGGUUCGUGGAGACUUUCCCGGACAGCAUCCUCGUCCGGCACAGCAGCGUGAAAUUGCCAGUUCCCGCGGCAGGCCGGAAGGUGGAAGUGAAGGUGCUGCGGCUGUGCUUCCGGACGCUGUACGUGGCGUCGACGACGGCGAUCGCGAUGAUGUUCCCCUACUUCAACCAGGUGAUCGGGGUGCUGGGAGGGUUCAUGUACUGGCCGGUGAGCAUCUAUUUCCCGGUGGAGAUGUACGUGAAGCAGAGGGAGGUGGAGGCCUGGACGCUCAAGUGGGUGCUGUUGCAUUUGUUCAGCGUCUUCUGCCUCUUGCUCAUUUGCUUCGCUCUCGUUGGUUCGGUUCAAGGCCUCCUCACCGCACACUUGGGGUGAUUAGUUGAUCUGCAUGCACGUCACGUCACGUCACACUCGAGUUGUUUAGUUUGUGUGGGAGUUAGUAUGAUGAGUUAUGUAUUGUCUUGUCUUAGUCUUGUUGAUUGACAAGUGUUGUUACUUGUACAGCAACAUUUCAAUCUAUCAUGUCAUUUCCCCUUAAAAAGAGUUGGGUUAUAGAGGGUAAUGUACUAUUAGUUAGCACUUAGCAUGGUAAAAGUCAUGGGAUUAAUUAAACUCAUGAGGUUGAACCGUAAAGGAUUACAUUUGAUUUACGCUAGCCUACUACUCUCCAAAUCACUUAUCAAAAUGCA